AUGCCGUUCUCGCUAUUUUUUUGUAUAAAAAUCGUGACAGAGUAUAGAAGAAUGGUAGUGUAUCGACUAGGCCGGGUGCCCAAUCGUAGGCCAAAAGGUCCGGGUGUUGUCUUCCUUUUGCCGUGCAUUGAUGAUUAUCGAAUAGUUGAUCUUAGAACAAUGUCCUAUGAUGUGCCUUCACAAGAAAUGCUCACAAGAGACUCGGUGACCGUGUCAGUUGAUGCAGCUGUCUACUACAGAACACAUGAUCCUGUUGCCAGCAUUUCAGCAAUCACUGACGCUCACUAUUCAACAAAACAACUCGCUCAGACAACUUUGAGAAAUCUGGUGGGCACAAGGACUCUCACCGAGAUGAUGGCCGAUCGAGAGGGAAUUGCCAUCCAGGCAAAGUUCAUUCUUGACACAGCUACUCAUCUAUGGGGGAUCACAGUUGAAAGAGUCGAGAUUAAAGACAUUCGAUUACCCACGGAAUUGUGUCGAUCGAUGGCCGCUGAAGCGGAAGCGGUCAGAGAAUCCGACGCCAAAUACGUCUGUGCUCAAGGAGAGCUUAAUGCGUCGAUGGCUUUGAAAGCAGCCGCUGACGAGUUAAGCGAAUCGGAGGGAGCCGUCCAACUACGGGUUCUUCAAUCGUUAACAAAGAUCUCAGCUGUCGACAAUCACACAGUGAUCCUCCCAAUCCCAGUCGAUCUCAUCAGAGCCGUCAUGAAAAAAGUUCGACCCCAUUUUUUUGCUAAUAAA